AUGGAUGCACCAAAUGGUGCUCCCAGCUCAUCUGGGCGAACACGCCGCUACAGAUUGGAACAUUCGCCUUUGCGUACACCUACUUCUCCUCGCCUAACGGUCGAAGAGAUAGACGAGCUUUUGGAGCGCUCUGUCGACACGGGAUUUUCCUAUGUUGAUAGCGUGAUCUACCGUCCAUCCCGAUAUCAAGAUAGCACCUAUCAAAUUCCGAAUUUGACUGGUUUUGGCGCCGCCACUGGGGUGCAGAAAAUAAAUCGUGGUGUCUACCAACAAAGUUCUUUCGGGACUACCAAGACUACCUUCGCUGGACUCCUUGAUGUUCUCGUACGAUUGCUAGGCUCUAUCCCUGGCUUCCUGCUGUACGGUAUCAUCUGGCUACUAAAACCAGUUUCUUUUCUUAUAAAUGUCCUUGUAUGGACCACCCACUAUCACUUGUGGUUGGCGCAAGGUCGUCAGCGGCUUCGAGUUGAUCAGGAAUUUUUAUCUCGACUCUCAGCAUGGGGCCGUUACGUGCGGACUGCUUCGGUCGUUUAUGAAGAGUCAUCCUAUAUGGAUACCCUCGGCUACAUUGUCCGUACUGCCUGGCGCCACUAUCCCCCGGCACGAUUCCUCUGGAACAUCAGCCAGAAAAUUGAUAGCUUCUUCGCCCGUUUUACUUACCUCCCACCGCCUUUCGAGAAAUUUUACAUACCGGUCUCAUCCCAAUAUUUCGACUCCUUCAACGUUAAAAAGGGAUUUUCGACACCACCAAGAGCCCAGCAUGAAAGUCGUCGCGAAGAGAAUUCGGAAAGUCUGACAACAACCCCGCUGCGACGCGGCAGACCAUCCAAAGCAUCUUCUGUCACGAAGCGCGUCACUGUCGACACCUCAGCUCCUGCCUCGAGACCGGCCAAAACCAUUACCUCAUAUAGCUCUGAUCACGACCAGGAUGGGAGGGCACAGUCAAAUGGAAAAUCCAGCAUGAAAAGCAUGGCCACCCUGAACACAGCUGAUCCAUUCCUCAGAAAUACCGCUAGCACUGUUUUACUGGCCACGAAGAACGCCGCUUUGAACUUCCUCUACAUAUCCAUUGGCCUGGGCUGGUGGAUUUAUGAUACGGCCCGAAAAGGCACGGGAUUUCUCGUGGAAGCUGUCCGCUCUCGAUUUGCCGAUCGUGCCAGCAAUAAUCAUUUGGAUAUCAAUUCCCGAUCUUAUAAUCUGCGUACUCGUAAGACUACUGAAAGCGUCCGGGAACACUCGGGCAAGAAGCGCUUGGCUGCGGGGGUUUGCGGAUAUUGCUGGUGGUUGCUUCCGCUGCUAUUCCUACUAUUGGUUCUGUUGGCCAGCCGCAACGACGACGUUCGCGAGGGCUACAGACGUGGCGAUCUGUCACGGAUGACAGGCGGCUUCCUCAAUGAGGUUAUUUCGAUUCCAAAGAACACCGGUGACCUGUUACUCACGACGUCUUCUACUGGCUACAAUAAGCUAUCAUCUGGAGUCAAGACGGCCGGAAGCUACAUCAGGGCCGGGGGCAGCAAUGUUGUUGAUGGGCUGAAGAAUCUAUCAACUGACUUCACCGGUACAAUCGGUGCUGCAGGAAAUUCUUCGUACAAUGCCGUUCACCGUGCCGUCGCCUGGCUUGGAAGAAAGAUCUUUGCCUUCCCGGCCGCCAUCUACCAUUUUAUUUCCGAUGGCACCAGCAAGGCGUACAACAGCUCGACAACAAUGUUCUCAUCGCUGUACGAUAGCGUUGGGGGUUUCCCAGCAGCGGUCUUCAACGGCAUCAAACACGGCUUUGGCUUGGUCUACAGCGGCCUGAAGCAUUGCUUCGGAUAUAUCCACAACUUCUACAAUUGGAUCGUAAAUGUCUUCCACGGUGGCUGGACUGGCUUCUAUGACCUGUUCUACUCAUUCUUCCGCGUAUUCAUUGACAUCGUCCUCGGCGUUAAACGUGGAAUGAUCGCUUUCACCCACUACACAUUCGACACGAUUACGGAUGCGGCUUCAUCGAUCUGGGCCUUCUUGCAUUCGCCAUCGACCCAUAAAUCUGAAAAAUCUGAGAUCUCUGAGAAGGCCGAAACCCACUCGCACAAGACAACUGAACAAACACAGCAAAGCGGGAUUGAUGCCAAGUACCUUGAUAGUAUGAUCACAAAAACGAUCGAGGCUAAAAUUGCUGCGGCCAAGGAAAAGGGCCUGAGCAAAGAAGAUAUGGCAAAACUGAUCCAGGUUGAAAUGGGUCAACAUGCAGAAAAAUAUCGCAGCGAGGUCGAUAAGAAGGUGUCUGUGCAAGUGGAGAAACUUGUUGAAGAACGUGUCGAGGCACUUCUGGCCACGAUCGUCUCCGAACACUUGAGCAAAUUGACCGUGAAGGCUGAGGACGUUGACCGUUCCAAGAUUGAGUUGCUGGUCAAAAACGCAAUGCGGAAAUUCUACCUCGAUAAUACGGGAUUGGCCGAUUAUGCUCUGGAAUCUGCUGGAGGAUCCGUGGUGACGACUAGAUGCAGUGAAACAUAUUCGAAAGCGAGUCGAUUGGAGCGAAUCUAUUCUAUUCCAUUGUGGUAUAGCAAUUAUGGCCCGAGAACCGUUAUCCAGCGCAACUCGCCAAUCCUCAAUCCUGGUGAAUGCUGGCCGCUUAAGGGAUCUGUCGGAUUCCUUACAAUUCAACUGGCCCGUCCCCUUCGCAUCACUUCCGUUUCUUACGAGCAUGUCGCUGCUGAUCUCACUCCAGAAGGACGUAUCCUGUCUGCCCCUAAGGAAAUUACGUUCUUCGCAUACAAGGAAGUAAACGACGUACAGACUCGUGUUAAGCUGGGAGAUUUUGUUUAUGAUAUCAACAAAGACCCGCUGCAGUUCUUCGAAAUUACGGUUGACCCCGGUUUUCCCGUGCUCUAUCUCGAGCUCCAGGUUGAUUCCAACUACGGCGAAGAAUUCACUUGCCUAUACCGACUUCGUGUCCACGGAAUUCCGAUCCUUGACAAACCACAAUCUGAAGUUACUCCCGAUGAACUU